AUGGGUGAUGGAGGAGAAUGCCAGGAUUAUGACUACGAGCCCCCGGAUCUUGAAAUUAGAAAUGUGUUCAAUGGAUUCAGAUAUUUCAUUAGCAGAUACGAUGCGCAAAUACCCACCUCAUUUCUACAACGCUUCGAGGAGCCACCUCUUCCCCAUCACUGCCAACACAGGACGAGGAGUAAAAAUAAUGAUAAUGCUCAUUACACAGCCGCUCUUCAAACUCCCCACAGGUUUGUAAGUGAAAAUGGUCUCCGUCUUUCUUCUACCAGGAAUGAUAUUCAAUCACGCACACUUUUGCCUGCGGUUGGCGCUUCUAGAAGUUUAGUUCAUACCAACAGAGAAAUGGAGCAAGAUAAAGACCAAGAUAAAGAUAGAGAUAGAGAUAUAGAUAGAUACAAAGGCAGAGAUAGGAUUCAAGAUAAAUACAGAAGUAGAAAUAAGGACAGAGAUAAGGACUGCGAAAUGGAGCAAAGCAAAGAUAAAGAUAGAGAUAGAUAUAGAGAUAGAAAUAAGAUUAGAGAUAAAAAUAGAGGUGGAGAUGAGAACUGCAAUAGAAAUAGAGAUAAAGAUAGAGAUAAAGAUAAAGAUAAAAGAAAAUAUAGAAAUGAGAAUGACGAUAGAGAUGACAGAAGGGUAAGUGGCAGUGAUAGUGAUAAAAAAAGGAAAAGAGAUAGUGCUAGUCGCAGUUGCAGUCCUAAUGGACGAAGGGAAUGCCAUAGAAAAAGUGGUGUAGUUGAGCAUAAACAAGCUCAAUUGUCAAACAGAGUUCACAAAUCUUCUUCUCCUCAUCUACCGAGAUACUCAGCUUGCAGAGGGGGUGAAGAGAGAAGAAGAAAUGACAGAGUCAGGGAGAGCCGGAGAGAAGAAGCUGAGGAGGCUCCUAUAGAGGAUACAAAUGAGGUCGAUGUAAGUCUUUCCUUUUACCUUCAUAGCAUUUUCAGGGACAAAAUGGUUUAUUCAGCCAGUGCAUUGCAUUCAAUGUACAUGGUUGUGUAA